ACAUGCUGGUUAGCACCAGCAAGGGCUCCCUGCCGGCGGGGCGCGUGGCUGAGCUCACCUCCGAGCUGUACGAGCCCUCCACGCAGGCUCAGUGCCUGGCCUUCUGGUACAAGCUGAGCAGGGAGGCCCCAGGUGAGUACCAUGUCGCGGUCAGCGCCGGAGCAAGGCAAACCCCAGGAUUCCUGGAUCCUGCCUGUGAAGCUGCUGGUGGGUGGGAACCUUGAGAUGAGCUACCGGCCCCAGCCACACAGCCUCCUGGGGCAAGCUCACUUCUUGCCUCUGGCCUGUGGGGAUCUAUGGCCAGCGGUGUCCAGACAAGGGUAUGGACCCUUGCAACAGCAGGACAUGGUAAACAUGUGUGGUCACCAUGGCCUCAAACCCAGGCCAGCUCUACCCACCAGACCUGCUGGCCCCAUUACCAGAUCUCCCAGGUGGCAAGCAGAAUGGAGGCUGGUUAACUCCUCUAAUGCCAAGGCAUGGCAAUCCCACCCAUCCCGUCCUCAUACCACCAGGAACCCCUCCCUGCUCCAUUCCUGGGGUUCGCAUCCAGCAUCUCUGGCCCUUGGCAGGUUCCCUCAGCGUCUUCGUGGAGGAGAGCAGCAUGCGGACGAAGCUGUUUGUUGUGAGCGCCAUGCAGGGGAGCACCUGGCACCACGGCCAGGUCACCAUCCAGGCAGACAGAGACUGGAGGGUGAUAUUCGAGGCAGCAGGAGGUGGGGGUGACCGCGCAUAUGUCGCACUGGACGAUCUGCACGUGAUGGAUGGUGCUUGCCCAGAACCAGGUUCCUGUGAUUUUGAGCUGGACACGUGCGGCUGGAGCAGCCCCUCGGAUGACCACCCGCAUGGCUUCGCCUGGGGCCAGAAGAGCGGGGUCCCCCUUGCAAAGUACCCUGGCCCUGAGCAGGAUCACACGCUGGGCACAAAGGAUGGUCACUACAUGUACUUUGACGCCAGCGUGCUGGGCCCAGCGGGCACUGCUGCUCAGCUGGAGAGCCCACACCUGCCUGCAGCUGCCGACUCCUGCCUCCACUUCUGGUACCACAUGGACAUCCCAGAGCACCUCCCUGGCGGGGAGCUGCGUGUGAGGCUGCACAGCGCCGAGGGGCAGCGCACGGUGUGGAGCAUGGCAGGGCACCAGGGCUGGGGCUGGCUGAGCGCCACUGUGCCUGUGCAGAGCCCCAGCGAGUUCCAGAUCGCCUUUGAGAUCACCACCAGGACAUGGCCAAUAAAAGGGACCAUCGCACUGGACGACGUAGAGUACAGUGCUGGGAGGGGCUGCAAUCCCAGCCCAGACAUACCUGGGAAAGAGAAGAAGUCUUCCAGCAGCUUUGUGGCAGAGGUGGUGAUCAGCCUUCUCCUGGCCCUCAUAGUCCUGGCCCUGGUAGCAGCAGGUGGAUAUUACUUGCUGAAGAGGAGAGGGCAAGCGAGCAGGAUGCCUGCAGAGAGCAGUGCCCCCCAGGGCUUCGACAACAUCACUUUUCAAGAUGACAAGGUCAUUAUAUCUCCACUACCAAAGGAGGGGGAUGAAGAUUGAAAUAUUAAGUCAACACCACUAAUUGCCACCUUGUGCCCGUUAGCUGCAUACAGAACAGAGCAUCUUUCAGCAAGACCUCACACUCCCGCAGCCUAGUCUGGCUCUGAGGUACUCUUGCUGUCUGACAUCGUGCCUAUCAAAUAAAAAGCUGCAGUAGGCACUUAAGACAAGGUCACAGCUCAGGAGAGAGAGAAGAGCUGCUUCCUCCACUACUUCCAAGACCUUGAGAAAAGCACUGUUGUGUAAUAUGAACUUUUUAUACUGCACUGAGAAAUCUUAACGUGCCUGUGCUUUGACAAACACAAACACUUAACAGAAGGAUCUUGCAGCAGGAGUGGUCAUCCUUUUCUGAGGAGAGCAGGAUCCUGGCAAUAGCAAGUUUCUCAAAUGAAAGGGGUCUAAGCACAUUCCUGCACCACCGUUGGGGAUGGGAGGAAGAUCAUCUGGUGUGGCACGAGCUAUUUCCCACACUUCAGGACUGCCUACACAGAACACAAGAAAACAAGUCCAAUAGCUGCCAGGGCACAAAACGGCCAUGGUGAGGAAUACAGUGCUUCAGCUGUUUGUGUUUGGGGGGAAGAGGGGGAGGUCAGGUAGGGAAGUGAGCAGAGCAGGUGGUAGCAUGUCACACAGCUGAUGCCAGAGAACAGCCCUGACCCAUCUGUAUGGGUACUCACCUAGCACAGAACUGCCCACCCUUGUUUCAAGGGCCCUUGAUAAUUUGUGUUUAAAUGUCAUUGGAAAAGAUAAGUUUCCUGAGGCACAAGCGAGGCUCUCAGCCAGAGAGCUCACCAUUCCUGCAGCCAGGCCACAGGCCAUCAGAGGAGACCCUAAGCCAAGGAUUCCCCUCCCCCCACAACCAACUUUUGAAACCUAUUUAAUACUAUUGCCCUAAGCAAUCCAUAGCCAAACCUACUACAUAAGUACAACAGUAGACAAACCAGUUCUGCUUUUGUGCAGGAGAGUAGCCCAUUAGCAAGUCUGCUCUCUUCAAAAACCUUUGUAGCUUGUUUGUGGCUUGCAACUUUCCUGGUUUUGGACAAAAGCCUCUUUUUCCUAAUACGCUGCUACACAGGAUUCUUCAGCUCUGUCCUGCUUGUAUUAUGACAAACUGUCACAUCAAGCAUGAUCCUUAAACCUACAUUUGCACCUGUCUUGGUGGUGCUACCCAGUAGGAAGGGAAACAAGCCUUUCAGCUAAGCUGUAUUUCUGUAGCAGCAUGCUAGGUAAGAGUGGUUACAAAAAGAGAUAAGGAGGGUUCUGGCUUCAUAUAAAUGCAUGAUUGUCUUUUCAUCAGCCUUGCUCUUUAGAACUCCACAGAGACUCUACUCACCUUCUCUGCACAAGGUAAGAAACACUGUAUUGAUUUCAUCUCCAGGAUGCAAGCCAAAGCUGCAGUCCUAGUCUCCAGGGAAAGAAGCAGAACAGCUAGGAAGGUUGUGACUACGCCAGAAAUUGGUGCAAAAGCAGUCUUCUCCCAAAUGCUUUAGGUAGCCCUGUUA